CGCCGCAAAACCUUCAGUCCCUCGCUCGUUCAAUUCAUUCAACUGAACCUCGUUACAAUGGUCGCUUCCUCCGGUCAGCCUACUCGUCUCUACGUCAAGGGUGUGUUCCUUGGCUACAAGCGCGGCCUGCGCAACCAGUACUCGCACACGGCGCUGGUCAAGAUUCAGGGCCUGACGGACAAGAAGGACGUGGACUUCUACCUGGGCAAGAAGAUCGCUUACAUCUACAAGGGCAAGUCCCUGAAGAACGGCACCCAGUUCCGCGUCAUCUGGGGCAAGGUCAUGCGUGCUCACGGCAGCAACGGCGUCGUGCGUGCCAAGUUCGCCAAGAACCUGCCGGCCGAGGCCAUCAGCAAGAGCGUGCGUGUCAUGCUGUACCCCAGCCGCGUUUAAGUGCGUCUGUGCGAAGGUUUAAGUAGCUCGUGCGACGUCAUCAAGCUAGCUUCGGUAGCCCAAUGACAACGAAGAGGGAUUGUGACAACACACAUCGGA